GUUCUCGAUGAUUACAAAUAGAGAGAAUGUUUUGAGUAUUGGCAACACUGCUAUUUUACACAAAUUGAACUAUUUGCCGUAGAUACUGAGGAUUUAUCAAUAUAUUGAAAAGGAUAAUCAAACAACGAUGUGUGUUUCUAUUCAAAAUAAAGUUGGAAGAAAAACAGAUAUACAAAUAUUAUGGUGUUCAAUUGUAACAUAGCGACCAUAGGAAUAAUGUGAGAUAUCAACUAUUAAUUAAGGUUCCACCUGUGCGGGCGUCGAUCAUGGAGGGCUACCGAAAUUCACCGGCACAGCCCUUGCUGGACGUAAGUGAUCAUGAUCGAGAACGACCCCUGUCAUAUUCUUCUGAUGAGGAAUCGAGCAAUCCUGCAACACCAUAUAAAAAAGUAGAGGACAAAAACAAAUCAAAUGGGAAUAGUUGUGCAGAAAGUGAUGAGGUCGAGGGAAAUAAAGUAGAAAAAGAAAGCAGACAAAAGAAACAUGCGAAAUUUGUGUCGAGCUUGUCUCCAAAGAUAACGCGAUCAGAUUCCGUAAAGUUUGGAAAAUCAGCCAAUGGUAAUGUAAGUAGAAAGAACUCUCAACCAAUCGGAAACUCUACACCUCCAAAACCGUCCAGACGUGUGCCAAGUUUAAAACUUAAACGUAUGAGCAUUGAAAGACAUACAGAUAAAUCAGAUUCAAACAUGCCGUGUUUACCAAACUGCAAUAAAAAUAAACAAGGAAACCCGUCAAUCACGAUCACAAUAGAUUCUGACGAUGAUUCGGUAUACAGUGAUUAUUUAAAUACAGAUUAUAAAAAUGACACGAAUAAAGUGAAAUAUAUUGGUGAUCAAACUUCUUUGUAUGGGACACCAAAGGAAGAGCUUUUUACAAAUUCUCAGGAAAAUAUGAAUUAUGAGCAAAAAUCUAGUCCAACCUCAUUCCUAAAGGAACAAAUUGUGUCUUUUUUUCAACCUUCGGAUAAUAAACUUGCAAUGAAAUUAUUUGGAAAUAAGAAUGCUUUGAUGAAAGAAAAAUUGCGACAUAAACGAGUUGGGAAUUGGGUUAUACAUCCCUGUAGUAACUUUAGAUUUUAUUGGGAUUUAUUUAUGUUAGUUCUGUUAAUAGCCAAUCUGAUUAUACUUCCUGUUGCCAUAUCAUUUUUUAAUGACGAUCUCAGUACACACUGGAUAGUAUUUAACUGCAUAUCAGAUACAGUCUUUUUCCUGGAUAUUGUUAUUAAUUUUAGAACGGGUGUGAUUGUUAAUGACUUUGCAGAUGAAAUUAUAUUGGAUCCAAAGCUUAUCGCAAGACAUUACAUAAAAAGUUGGUUUUUCUUAGAUUUAAUAAGUUCUAUUCCAAUGGAUUAUAUUUUCCUCUUAUGGGACGCAGAGGCGAACCAGCUGUUCCAUGCAGGUACUGAAACCAGAUUGGAUGUGACUCCUUAUUGGCAAGGGAGAGCCCUCCGAAUGUUACGUUUAGCCAAACUGCUCAGUUUACUUAGAUUGCUCAGGUUAUCACGUUUAGUAAGAUAUGUACAGCAAUGGGAAGAGUUUCUUGCACUAGCUGGAAAAUUUAUGAGAAUUUUCAAUUUAGUUUGCCUAAUGUUUUUACUUGGACAUUGGAAUGGAUGUCUACAGUUUUUAGUUCCAAUGUUACAGGACUAUCCCAAAGAUUCUUGGGUGUCCAUUGAGGAGCUGAAGGAUGCUCCAUGGUGGACACAGUACACGUGGGCGUUAUUCAAAGCUCUUUCACACAUGCUAUGCAUAGGAUAUGGAAGAUUUCCACCUCAAAAUUUGACAGAUACUUGGCUCACUAUUUUGAGUAUGCUAAGUGGCGCCACCUGCUAUGCACUAUUUUUGGGUCAUACCACUACUAUUAUACAGUCUUUUGAUACAUCGAGACGACUUUAUAACGAGAAGUUUAAACAAGUAGAGGAAUACAUGAUAUUUAGAAAGUUGCCUCAUAGUCUAAGACAAAGAAUUUCUGAAUAUUAUGAACAUAGAUUCCAGGGGAAAAUGUUCGACGAAGAGUACAUUUUAACUGAACUUAAUUCAUGUCUACGACAGGAUAUCAUCAACCAUAACUGUAGAGCUUUAGUGAAGUCUGUUCCAUUUUUCACAAAUGCAGAUCCGCAAUUUGUGUCAGAGGUGAUAAGUAAACUGAAAUUUGAGGUCUUUCAACCAGGGAAUUUUAUAAUUAGAGAGGGAACAAUGGGAACAAAAAUGUAUUUUAUACAAGAAGGAAUUGUGGAUAUUAUAACAAAAGACGGAGAAGUAGCGACUUCUUUAUCUGAUGGGUCAUAUUUUGGAGAAAUAUGUCUACUGACAAAUGCAAAACGUGUAGCAAGUGUUCGAGCAGAAACGUACGUGAACUUAUAUUCCUUGUCUGUUGAACAUUUCAACGAUGUACUGGAUAGAUAUCCAGUAAUGAGACGAACAAUGGAAAGUGUAGCUGCAGAGCGUCUGACUAAAAUAGGGCAAAACCCAAGUAUUGUCAGUAGUAGGGCAGAUCUCGAGGAAGAUCAAAAACUUGUUAACGAACUUGUCAUGGAGUCAACUCCAGUAGUAACAAGUGCAAGUGAAGACGAAGAUAAAGACUCAGAUGAUAGCUCUGAAAGUUCUAAAAGCUCGAAAAGAAAAAAGAAAUUCAAAUUUGAUUUUACUGGAAAAUUGCAUAAAAUUACAGAGGAACGAAAAUCAAAAUCAAGAGAAAGCUUAAAGGAUGUAUGUGACUCUGAUAAUAAAGUCAGAAUGCGUAAAGCACCGUCUGGUUCUAACUUGUUUGGACUGAGGGUCCCUAAACUCGGACUUAAACAUCGAUUUGGAAGUGUAGGAUCAAAUCUAAAUGCUUUAUCUUCAGUACAAGAGUCUAGUCUAGAAACAUGUCGGAGACCAAGCUUUUUAAAUACAAAAAUAUUUAGAACAGGUAGAUCACGUGAAAAGACUAAAUCUACUGGAGGAGAAGAUUCGCCAUCCUCGGAAGGUCAUGGCAGUCUUAAGCAAUAUUUAAAUGUUCCUAUGUAUAGUAAAUCCAAGUCAAAAUCGACUAACGAUAAUUCAUUAUCAAGUGUCUGUGAUAGUUUAAGUAAGGAAGAUCCUAAAUCACCGCAACCUAAAUUAAAUAUUCCUUCUGUUGAUUCACCAGUCAUAUCGUCUAGUGAAGAUAUUCCUACUGCUACGACCCCAUUGGUAUCGGUUGCUGUAAAUAAUCAGGAAUAUGCCAAAAAAUCAGAACAAAAGUCUCCUCUAAAGGCUAGCACAAGUAAAGAUAAUGCAAAGAAUGUUAUUCCGUCAAGUCCGCCAAAACCGGACCAUUUAACGAUAGACAUUGAUGACUGUGAUACAAUUUCCCAGAAUUCCUUCCUUUGAUGGCAAUGUUUCUUAGUUCGUUAUUUAUUAUUUUCAUGAUGUUUUGUUAUGUUCAUAAAGUUCCUGACUGGUGGUAAGGGUCUGGAUGGGAUAUAAAAUAAUGGGUAAAAAGUACUGAAUAAUGGAAAAAGUAUAAAGAUAACAGAACAAUAGGUAAAACAUUGAAAAAAGAAGAAUGUCGUGCCCAAAGAUAAAGAACAGAACAUAAGGGUACAAUUUUUUAAUAAAAAAAAAAUGAUUUCAAGAGUUCAUGAAUACAGAAAUGAAGAAUCCCCCUUCAGACCCUCAUAGAUAUUCACGUUUUCCCCCUUCAGACCCUCAUAGAUAUACGCGUUUCCCCAUUCAGACCCUCAAAGAUAUACGCGUUUCCCUAUUAUUUCUUUAUUUAUUUAAUUUAAGUAUAGUGUGCGGAGUGUAACGUUUUGAAAUAGUAUAUAGUAUGAAUUGGUUUAGUCUCUUGAAAUGAUCUUAUCUCAUAUUAAUUUAAAUCAAGUAUUGAAAAUAAACUCAUCAUAGAUACCAGGACUAAAUUCAGUAUAUACGCUAGACGCGCGUUUCGUCUACAAAAGACUCAUGAGUGAAGAGCAAUUUUCAGGGGUAAACGUAUAUUCCGAAAUAAUGUUAAAAGUGAAUUUUGUCCCGAAAUAGCUUAUAGAUAUGUUUACUAAGAUAAUAUCAAAAGUGUUUUGAAAGCGAUAUAAAAAUAAAUUAUGUUUGGCUGAUGUGGUUCCCUCCACUGUUCGGUAUUUUGUUUCUUAAUACAGAAUGACAGACAUUGGUAGCGCUGUCAACGAUUUAAAUUGAAAAAAUCUUUCUUUACAUAUACCCUUUCUGAAAGUAUUAUUUUGUCCGGUACUAUUAAGUAUACCAAAGUUAUUCAUGUUAUACUUUUUAACAAAUUUUAUUCUGCAGUUUUCAAAUCUUUAGGUGUAAUACACCAAAUCAUAGUACGUCACAUCCAGUUACGAUAAAGAGUCGAAACAAAGUUGCCAGUUGUAGGUAGCUAAUCCUACAUGUCAUUGCAGUAAAUACAAAAUCGGGGUCAUAAACAUAUAUCUUUGGUGUUACAAAGCAAUAUUAUUUUUAAUUUGGUGUUUCUAUAGGAUAUUUUGGAAACUUGAUGUUACUUUAUCUAGUAAACAGGUAAAAGCAGAAGGUGAACAUUUUAUUGGUGAACUUCCUGUGAAGGUUAUUUUUUUUAUAUGCAAUGAAAUGAUAAAUAUGUGAAAUUUUGUCUAUAGUAUUACUAAUGCUAAUUGUUUCUUUAAUUGAAACAAAGAUAAAUUCUGCACAAUUUUUUGAAAGGUGCAAAUUUAACAAAGACUAAUAGGUAAAAAUCACUGGUGAUAUUACAUAUUUACCACCCAGAAUUGUUUUAGUUGUCACAAGAUAAGAAACAAUAUGUUGAAUAUACAUUGAUAUACUCAACGAAUAAAAAGAGGUAGCUUCUGGUCAACAUAUUGUUUUCAACAACAGAAAAGUGCCAAAACAAUAUUUUAAGCAAUUGUUCUGACGCAUGGAAAGUCGUGAACCUAUAAAAUACAGACUAUUAAAAAACCUAAACGAACGUGAAACCACUUACAAUGUUUCUGACUUGUGACCGACACUUUAAUAUGCAGCUUGUGUUCUCUUUCAUCUAAAUUAAAUUUUAAAAUUUCAAAAUGCUCGCAUAGCAUAUUAAGUCCUUGGUUCGUUUUACCAUGUACCAUUUAGGAUGCAACUGUUCUAUAUAUAUACCUGUAAGCCACGUGCAAAUCUGAUUGACGUACAGAUCCUAUGUUCACGCUACCUUUAUAAAGACCUCUUCUAUAGACAAAAAUUAUACAUAGUCUCUAGAUUUUAAUCAGAUUGGUCACAUGAUCAAAUUGUGGUAUUCGGUCAUUGCAUUUAUAGAAUUAUCAACAAUAUUUUGCUUUCACGCAAAAAAUAGUGCGUACUCUUUUCACACAAAAUAUAUACGUCCGGUUGCAUUAAUACGUUAUUAUUAAAACUCUUCAUGUUUGACGCUUUCUCAUUAAGGAUGCGCAUUUUGUGUAUUUGUCCUAAUACCUGUAGUGUUGUUUUUGAUAUGUCCCAGUAGCACGAUGCCUAUCCUCUAUAUUAAAGCAUGUAAUUAUAAUUAUUCAGAAUAAGGUAAUAGAUGAUUCUUUUCAUAUUAAAAACGUUUAUACAAAACAAAGUUUCCAAGGGCUUUCAUUUCCUUUUAAUCUAAAAUUGUGAUAGAAGUUUUUUCUCAAGUUUUCAUUUGUAUGCAUAUAGUAUACGUGUGUAGUUUUAUCAUAAAUCUUUUGUUUGUGCAUUUUUGUAUUGCACAUCUUACAUGCAUAAUGUAUAAAAAAUCAUUCAGGUAUGAUUGAUGGUUUUAGUGCCAAAGUUUUUAUAUUCGUUAUACACAACGAAUAAAACAGAUAGAGAAUUACGAUUGGUGUGCGUUUAGUUGCAGUUUUCUUUUCAGUUCCGUACUGGUUAUUUACUGUUAUAAUUGUGGUGGCUAACGCCACCAUAAUAAAACCCUGUAUAAAUUUAAGUGAUGUCCAUGAAGCAUUGUAUAUUAUUAUGUAAAAAAUACUUUACAGGUUUUUAUAAGUAUUUUUGUUUGGUUCACUUUUUAAAAUUUAAUAUGUUUCGAGGGAUUCGUGCAUUCAGAAAAUGCCAAAAAAAACAUGAAUGUAAAGAUUAAAAAACGGUACACAUUAAGUUGUGGUUCGUUGACAAAACAAAAAGCUUUGACAGAUAAUUUCAUCUUUUUUUUUUCAUUCCAAUAUCAUUCCGUUUAACUGUGUGUUAGUUUUGUUGAGUCAUUUUUUGUGAAUUAAUGUAUUUAUUUUGCAUUUUAUUGCGACUUUUUUCACCUUUAAAGUGAAGAACUUAACGGACAAUACUAAAUAUGUUGGAAUUGUUUUAAUAGUCCGUCAUUGAUUGCAUAUUAAAUUUUGUUUCUAUUGACAAUGCAAAGUUUUGUUAAACGUUUUAUUUUUGUAGCAAGAUGACACGUGAUAUGCAACUUCAAAAUUUAAUGAAUAAAGAGUAUCAAAUA